UUACCCAAGCUACCUCACGUGCAAUUUCCUUUGUUCGCGCGCCUCAUAAAUGCAUGAGAGCGCUCUAGACAUUGUAUAUCUUUUCCAUUCUCUCAACACUUUCAAUCAUUUAUUACUGUGUCCCCAACCCCCAUUUCAAUCCAGCACCAACCAGCACGUUUUUCUCUCUUCUUCUUUACGUAUUUAUUUCUUUUGCUCUGAAUUUUAAGUUUGUAAUUGUCUUUGAUUUGGAGUUUAUGGGAUUGAAGGUUUUGUUGAUUUUCAGAAUUUUGGUUGGUGGUGUGUUGUAGCAGAGGUUUUGAUGGUGACUGAGAGAUGGCUGAAAUGUAUAAUUUUAUUUGAGGGCUAGGGCUUUCAGUUUGGAUCUGGGGAGAGUGAAAGGAAAAUGGGAAUCAAGUUAUUUUUUGAAGCAAUUUUUCUCUUUGGAAGUCUUUACAUGCUAGCAAGAGCUGAACCCAUUGAAGACAAACACGCCUUACUUGAUUUCAUCAAUAAUAUUUCCCACUCGAGGAAUCUGAACUGGGAUGAGAGAACUUCAGUUUGCAACAAUUGGACUGGUGUCACGUGUAAUCAUGAUAAUUCAAGAGUGAUCGCUGUUCGAUUGCCUGGAAUUGGAUUCCGUGGCCACAUUCCUUUGAACACUCUUGGCCGCUUAUCGGCACUUCAGAUCCUGAGUCUGAGAUCUAAUGCUUUUAGUGGUCCUUUUCCAACUGAUCUUCUGGAGCUUGGGAAUUUGACUGGUCUUUAUCUUCAGUUCAAUAAUUUUCAGGGUCCAUUGCCAUGGAAUUUUUCAGUUUGGAAAAAUCUUAAUGGAUUAAAUUUGUCAAACAAUGGUUUCAAUGGGAGUAUUCCUUCUUCAAUUACAAAUUUGACUCAUUUGACUGCUUUGGGUCUUGCUAAUAAUUCUCUUUCUGGUGAUAUUCCUGAUCUGAAUAUCCCUAGUUUGCAACUAUUAGAUCUGUCCAACAAUAAUCUUACUGGAGUUGUGCCUCGGUCUCUUCUUAGAUUUCCUAGUUCAGCAUUUGUUGGCAAUAAGAUUUCACCCGAAACAUCACAGCCUCCAGUUCUUCCCCCCACAGCCCAACCCAAGAAGCAUUCUUCAAAAUUUAGUGAAUCUGCCAUACUGGGAAUUGUAAUUGGCAGUAGUGCACUAGCAUUUGUGUUGAUUGCCUUGUUGUUAAUUGUUACCAACAGAAAGAAAGCAGACGAGAAAGCGAUUGCAGUGAAGUCAGAGAAGAAGGAAAAAUCCCUCAAGAGGACAACUUCCGAGCGUCAUGAUACGAAUGGAAAGCUUGUUUUCUUUGAGGGUUGUAAUCUUGCAUUUGACCUCGAAGAUUUGUUUAGGGCUUCUGCUGAGGUGCUUGGGAAGGGAACAUUUGGUACUACAUAUAAGGCAGCACUAGAGGAUGCAACCACUGUUGCAGUAAAGAGAUUGAGGGAAGUUAGUAUUGGAAGAAAGGAUUUUGAGCAGCAGAUGGAAGUUGUUGGAAAUAUCAGGCAUGAGAAUGUGGCUCCGCUGAGAUCUUACUACUAUUCGAAGGAUGAAAAACUCAUGGUAUAUGAUUUCUACGAUCUGGGGAGUGUUUCUGUAUUGCUACAUGCAAAAAGAGGUGAAGAUCGGAUUCCAUUAGACUGGGAAACACGGAUGAAAAUUGCAAUCGGUGUAGCAAGGGGAAUUGCUUACAUCCACUUACAGAAUGUUGGGAAGCUUGUUCAUGGAAACAUAAAAGCCUCAAAUGUAUUCCUUAACUCACAAAAAUACGGUUGUGUGUCCGAUCUCGGCUUGGCACCAUUGAUGAGUCCAAUUACACCACGAAUAAUGCGAACUGCAGGGUAUCGUGCCCCGGAAAUAACAGACACAAGAAAGGUAUCCCAGGCAUCUGAUGUCUACAGCUAUGGAGUCCUCCUACUUGAACUUCUCACUGGAAAGUCCCCUGUCCACGCUGUUGGUGGUGAAGAGGUUAUCCACUUGGUCCGGUGGGUCCACUCUGUAGUUCGUGAGGAAUGGACUGGUGAAGUGUUUGACGUCGAGCUCUUGAGGUAUCCUAACAUAGAAGAAGAGAUGGUAGCAAUGUUGCAAAUAGGCAUGAGUUGUGUUGCAAGAAUGCCGGAACAGAGACCCAAAAUGGCCAAUGUAGUAAAAAUGGUUGAGGAUAUUAGAAGUGUCAAUACAGACAAUCAGCCAUCUUCUGAAACGAAGUGGCCAGGUUCAACACCAAGUUUAAUACCACCUGUGGCUCAGAUUGGAUCUUCUUCAGUUUCAUAAAUGGUUUCUUCUUUCUUGAAUGUAGUUAAUGUUAUAUAGUUUUCUUUUCCCUGUUUUUUAGUUUUCUUUUUGAAGUGUUGUAUUCUCCAACUAUUCAUUAGGAAAUUGUUGGUCACAUUGUUUGGUUGUUUUAGUAGUUUAUCUCCUUGAAAUUGUUUUACCGACAUUGAUUUAUAACUUGUUGCGUAAGUUGAAGAAAAAGUAGUAUUGUUUAUUGUAAUGUUUUAA